UCGUCGCAGCAGCCUGGAGAUUGUCAGUGUUGCUUUGCAUCUCGAUAGGUACGGUAGGUAUCAGCCUUGUGGCUGAGCAUGUGGCGCUAGACAACGCAGCAAUCAACCAAGGGCGUACGCAACACCACUGGCAUCCUCGCGCACACGUCGAGAGUAACAGCGCUCCAAGAGUUUGAUGUCACCUUACGCUUUAACACUCUCUCUGCUCAGGCUCUGAUGGUCUUAAACAAUGGCUGCGAACCGACAUAUCAUCAUGCCUAAUCCCCAAAGUCGGUAUGCCAGGAGCAGGGGGGCACGUAACGCGGUCUGCAAAAUCUGCCUCUGGGAGGUCCUCCGACAUUGCGCCCUGUCUAGUCUACCUCGAAUCAGCCCGUUCAGCAUGACUACACGCCAACGUCGACUCUCGAACUUGUCGCGGAAGAGACCGCACACUUCCAAGCGGUCAGACAGCUCGAUUUGUCACAACACUUUGUUCAGCAUAAUUGUAUUCCGGGAUUUGAAUUAUUGCUGGGUAGUCGAGUCUCUGCGGUUGCCUAGCAAUUGGGCUACCGCUAUCUUGUUUCCUUGUAAUCUCUCGUUUGUCUUCACUGAUUUAGGUUAUCAGUGCGACCAGGGAAUGGUGAGCUUGGCUGGAUGCCUUCAAGUGUGCUCACGCGAUGUCAGCAAGUCCGUUAUUUUGUAGGCCAAAUGCCUCCGACGCAGAGUACUUUAUUACCGCCAGGCAGUCCUCAAAUUCUUAUCGAUAACCAGU